CCUUGCAUAGGCUUGAAGAGGCCACUGCAAAGCAUCUUCAUAGCUCUGGUCUUCCUCCUCAAUACUGUUAAUCUUCCUUUUCUUUUCAAUCUCCAUCGUACAACAAAAAAGCAUGGUCAGAAUCAACUCCAACCCCACCGCUACCACUACCAAGUUCCUUUGCAGUUACGGCGGCAGAAUCCUCCCUCGCCAUCCCGACGGCAAGCUCCGCUACCACGGUGGCGUAACCCGUGUCCUUUCCGUCCACCGCUCCGUGUCCUUUGCCGAACUAAUGGUGAAGCUCGGAGAGUUUUGUGGCACGUCGGUGAGUCUGAGGUGUCAAUUGCCCACCGAAGACUUAGACGCUCUGGUAUCCAUCACCUCCGACGAAGAUCUCGCCAAUCUGAUCGAGGAAUACGAUAGAGCUGCAUCACCACCGUCCACUUUAAAGAUCAGAGCCUUCCUUUCGCCGCCUAAAUCCACCAAACAAAUCUCUCCUCCUCCUUCAACUGCUUCAUCUUCUUCAUAUUCCGCCGCCGAGAUAGGUUCUGCUUGGAGGCCUCCGCCGGCUAAAAGCACCUAUUCUGCCGCUGCGAUCGGUUCUGCUUCGAGGUAUCCGACGGCCGGUCGGUGCGUCCGUCGGAUUUCGGCGAAGGCAGCGUUUCCCUUGUGCUAUGAGAAAUCCGCGGGAAAGCUUCCUCACUGUGCUCACCGGGGAAUCCCUAACCACAUCUACCUCGUCCACAAUGGCAAUCACUGGCAAUAGCACUCAAAGUUUGAUGAACGGAUAUUAAAAUCUAUGAGCAAUAAUAUAUACAAACAUAUUGAACCACAAAAAUCAAGAAGAUAAAACGUGAAGCUUCAUCUGAGAUGUAAAAAAUGGGGACAAGGAAUUGGUAUUUAUAUGUGCAAUUAAUGGAAUUAUCAGUGCGAUUUCGUUU